AUGGAUACUAUGCAUGCAGCCGUGCAAGAUGCAGACACCCGGCAAACCCCUCGACCAGGCUUGUUCGAUCGCCACAAUCAGAUGCUAGAAGAACACCGCAGGUUCCUUGAGCAAUUCAGGCAAGAGCGCAAGAGUGCCACAGGAGUUGAAGAAGGGAUCUCACUGGCCAUACAACAGACAGAGUGGAUGUUCAAAUGCUUUGCCGACUGCAAGUCCGCCUACGAAAGCAUCAACAAUGCUGCUACGGGAUCUUCACCUAUUCGCACCCAAAUCCCCCUCAGUGCCGGCAGCCCGACGUUGCCCGCGACUUAUGGCAGCCCACCAGAGACAGGACCCGAACUUGCGACGUUGCACAGGGAGCCAUACCAGAAGAUGGACGAUUCGGGCCUUUUCAUGUUUGAUACCAUACCGACUGACCCCAACGGGUAUCUGAAUGAAACUCGUUCCGAGAUGCCGCAAAGCAGGCAGAAGCGAAGGUGGUCCAACGAUAUGGCUAUCGACGACGGUGGUCAUCCUCGGCAGAAGAAGGCACGAAACAAUGGCCACAACGUCCACCCCGGAGGUACAACCUAUGCGAGUCGGUCCCACUUUUCCGUGCCAUACUCAGCCCGAGGUGCCGCGCCCGAGCCGCAGGACAGUGGUGAAGAAGACUCGUUCGUCAGAGAAGUGAAAGAGCUGCAGAAGGAGAAGGAGGCGAAGUGGCGGAAGCGGGAAGAGAAGAAACGCAAGCGCGAAAGUAAUGGCUCCGACAGAAACGCACCUCCGUCCGGACAAAUGGAAGGAAUGUCGAUCCGCCAUGGGCAUGAACCCGCGAGAAAGCGACGACGGACUAGUCAGAACAAUACUUCUGUGCAGCCCAACCCACAAGCACAUGGCACGCCAAAGAACAAGCGAUUACGUUCUACGUCGAGGAGAGGAGACAAGAAAGCGAAACGCCAGCGUCGUUGA